GGGGGUUAGAGUUGAUCCAGUCACUACUUUGUCAAAGGUAACGCCAGUGAGUAUUCGAGUCAGUUCACCCCCAAGUAUCUACAACAAUGAAAGUCGACAUGGUCAAUGCGCCUAGUUCCGAUCUCUUGUUACGUUUUUUUUUCUUGUACCUUGAUAUAUUUAGGCUCAUUUACAUAUUUUUUUUCGUAUUUGCUCGCUUGGAAUCUGCUUAUCGUGGCAAGAUCUCUCCUCUGAACACCUUUCGGUUAUCAGUUGUCAAUCAGCGUCAUCUCGGCGAGGAAAAGUAUGUAUAAUAAUUAUCUAUGGAAUGUUCAAAUUACAAUAAUUUUUGUUUGGUGAGUUCUGCUUAUCAGAAUCAUCACAGUUAGGGCAUUUUGUACCUUACUCGGCUAACCAAACAAUCAGCCAGUAAUUAUUUUUUUAAUGGACUAUUUAUUUCACAAGUAGAUACAGGACAUUCGUAAAAGAGUAUACCCCUUACUUAGGUGUGGGUAUAAUAUGGUAUCAUCCAUGGAAUGUGGCAACCAGCCUGCAGUAAACUCCAUGCGAAAUUACACGAAUCAGUCU